AUGUUGUUUUUAUUUGUUUAUGCUGUUACUUCCAAAAUAACAUAUGGAAUUGGAGUUGAUUGCGGGAGUACAGGUAGUAGGGUGUAUCUUUACCAAUGGGACGAUGAUGCGAAAUGGCCAGAGGUAAAACCAUUUUCUGAUUCGUCAAAGGCUGUAAUUAAAUGCUCUCUGAAGCUAGCAGAUGCUGCACAAUUUGAUGAAACAAUACCACAACUUGUUCAAUAUAUUAAAGAUCAUAUUUAUGCAAUAUUAAAAUUAGAUGAUAUUAAAAGAGCGAAAUUUACUCUUUAUGCAACAGCAGGUAUGAGAUUACUUGAUCAAAAAACGCAAAACGAUAUUAUAAAGCGAACAAUUCAUGUUUUAAGAAAAGAAACUGAUUUUAAUUUCCCAGACUCAAACAUCAGAGUUAUAUCAGGUCAAGACGAAGCAUAUUUUGCUUGGAUUUCAGUUAAUAAUCUUUACAGUAAGUUCACAGAUGAUGUUGCAGUUGGAAUUACUGAAUUAGGUGGCGCUUCAUUCCAAAUAGCGCAGCAGACAGAUGAACGUGAUAAUUCUGAGAACUAUAGGACAUUCAAAUAUAAUGGAAAACGUCAUUAUGUAUUCGUUUAUUCAUUUUUAGGAUUUGGUGUCGUAGAAUUUUACAAACAAGUUGCGAAAUCAUUCAUUAAAAAAGAAAAAGAGAAAACAGACUUUCCAUGUUUGAACACAGGCUACUUAUAUUACUUAGAUUCGACACCUUUAUACGGACAAUCAGAUUUCGACAAAUGUACUACAGCUGUAAGGAAUAUAUUAUUACCCGAAAUACAGAAAGCGAAAAUUCCUCCACGAUCACAAGGAACAAAAACCUUUUUUGGUUUAGGAGGAAUAACAAGUUACGCUCAAUUCGCAAAUCUGUCAGAUCAUUCUACUCCAUCAGAAUUCCUUGAUAGCGUCAAACACAUUUGUUCUAUGACAAAAGAAGAAAUGGAAGAAAUAGCUUCACAAGAUUCUUUCAAAUACUACUACUGCUUGAAUGGAAUACUCCAAUACAACUCUUUUACAGAUGGAUUCGGUAUUGGUAAUGAUCCUACAAUCAUUAGAACAGAAUUAAUCAACGGUGUCAAUACAUCAUGGACAAUGGGUGCAAUCCUUGAUGUAAUUGCUAAUCCACCAACUAGUAAGACUGUUAUUUGGAUAGUUGUUUCCGUUGUUUCUGUUCUGUUAAUUAUUAUCAUUAUUAUUCUUGUUAUUUGUCUUCUCAAGAGGAAGAAAAGCAAGAAAGAUGAAUCCGAUAUGUUGAAUAGUCAAGCCCUCUUAGGUGCUUACUAA